AGGGUGCAGGGGAGUGAAGUGACAGACUGUUAGAGUGGGAGCAUAUGGAUGGAGUGUGUGUGUAUGAGUGUGUCUGUGAUAGGCAGAUCGUUUUCUUGUAAUUAUUUCCACAUGCAAUAAAAGCUGUCACACUGUGACUCUCACCUCCAAAUUUGCAUCUCUUGUUUUCUGUAUAUAUUUAUAUAUUUUUAUUACUUUCCCGUGACCCUGCCUCUUCUUGACACACCAGUUCAUUGCUCCUCUCUCCCUGUGCAACCUGUUUAAAUGAAUGCAAAUCUUUUUCUCCCUCAUUAUUUUCUUCUGCUCCUCCUCUUUGCUGUCUCUUUUGCUCUGGGGUGUCCUUGUUGCUUUUGCAAACAUCAUUGAGAGUUUUUAUUUUUUGUUACUUUUUUUUAACCUCUUGCCUCCAAAAUGAUCUCAUUACCAUCUUUCUCAGUAUCAUUCCUAUUGCCGUGUCAAAUUCAUUUCUUUUCCUCUAUGUCCAUUUAAUUGAACUCUUUAAAACAACAUAAUUAGCAUUUAAAUCUUUCUUACAGUCUCUUGCCCUUCCCUACAUCGUUCUCUCUCUCCUCUCUUACUCUAGGAGACUCUACAUGUCUCAGUCGCUACGGCAACCGAUGCUUUUUUUCCUCUCACUUGCUUUCUGUAUCUCCCCCCUUUCUCACAGUCUCCCUCUCUCAUUCCCUCUCUCCACUGCCAGAGAGAUGAUCGGAGAAGAGUCUCAGUGAACAGAGCGAAGCGAUGGAGAGAUGCUCCAUCUCUCCUGUCGCACGACUCACUGCCAUCAUCUCCCUCCUCCUGGUUGCUCUGGUGACACAACCCUCCACCUGUAACCGUGACGACAGUGAGGGCGAGGAGCAGGUGGACGCCCUGUCAGUCCAGCUCUCUGUCACGGCCCAGGUCACACCCACCCCCCUGUGGGCGGUGGUGUGGGGUCCUACGCAGCCACUGGAGGAUGAAACCUACCACUUCCUCUCCAGCCAAGAAACUGACCACUUGCACCUGUACGAGGAACAACAGGAGGCCAGCACUGCCACUCCUGAGGACUGGCUUUUUACUGAUUCAGGCAUGCAUCCCAACACACCGCUGGAGUCCAGGGACCAGGAAGGAGUGGAAGAUGGCGGGACGGAGGCGGAGGAGACGGAGCCUGAGGAAGUGGACCCUCAGUUCUACGUCACCGUGACCAUCUCCUCACUGCUCAUCUUGACAGCUGUCGUCAUUACAGCAAAACUCUGUUACGAUCGCAGCUGUUCCCAGCAUCCGCCCCCGCUUUCCCGUGGCGUGGCCCCUCCCCUCUCUCUCGCACUCCCUCGUUCCCUCGCUUCGGAGGACAGCAGGCAGACGCUGCACAGCACCUCCUCCUCCUUCACCGACAGGGAGAGGAUCCCAGUUGUGAACCUUUGAGGUGGCUGUUUUUCCAUAUGGUUAACGUUUCUACGGAGCCUGAGGAAAGACAUCAACAGGACCAGAGGGUGUGCCUGCAGCGCUGUUUUAUUUUCUCUCAAACUGUGAAACAAGUUCAGGGAACCCAGGUAUCCAGCCAUCACAAAGCUCCUCGGCUUCCCUGAGGUCUAAAAAAAAAAAGAAAAAAAAGAAAAUCCAAGCUCAUCUCUCGGCUGCUCGCUCCCUCCUUCCCUCCCUCCUUGUGUUUGGUGUUUCUUUUAUGUGCAUCACUGUGACUUGUUCCUUGUUUUCCAGCCUUUGUAUGGCCCCAAGCUCUGCCAAGUUACCCAACAACUUUGAUUUUCAACCCUCUGACUAAUUCAAAAACAAGCAGUUUAACAACCAUGCAACAUCCCAUUACCCCUGAGAUAUCCAACCUGUGCUUCCAUAACCAAUGAAAAUGAAUACAGUUGCAGAGUAUUGAUGCCAAUCCACUAGACUGUUCUUUUUCAUGAAACAACACUAAAGUUUAGCUCAGUUUAGCGGAUUUGUGUCUGGCUUGUAAAUGGUUAAAAAGCCAUUCUCAGCAUCUCCCACCACUGAACGGGGUAUUUCACAAAGCUGUUUGGCACGGCUGUAGCCAACAGGCAAUGUGUUUAACAUGUCACGCUCCAAAAACUGCUGUUUAUUCCCCGCUUUGGGCGCCUGAAAUGCAAAUAGUGUGGCUCUUUUCCUCUGCAGAUGUAGAGGAGUCUGCUUUGUUUCAGUUUUUCCUCAUGAUUUGUUCUCUUAAUUAUCUGGCUGACGUUCACCUCUUUGUCGAACCUUUGCGAGCAAGCUUUGUUCCUUCCGGACUGUGUAGAGAUGUUUUAAACAUUGAGUACUUCCACUGGUGGAGAUCAAAUAUUCAUAGCACAAAUGGCCAAAGCAAUCAUUCAAAAGUCCAUUUUUCCCAAAGGUUUGGAUGAUACAUAACAAAAGACAGAUUUGUGUUGUCAUAGAAAUCAGUAUCAAUGAACUGCACACGUGAUCAAGGGACUGGUGUUAUGGCUGCAUUUUUUUUUCUUUCUUUGGCAGCUUUGCAUCUUAAUCUGAAAAGUAACACCAUAAUCAUUUCCCUUCUUAUCAUUAUUAGCCAUCUUGGGUGCAUCAAAUGAAAGCAGUACAUCAUGAAGCAUCAUAUCUGUAUCCCAGUGAAUCUGCAUGUUUCAAGUAAGGAAUUCUGUAAAAGUUACUUCAAUUAAGAUAUUUAUAAAAUGUUUAUUUUACCUAUGAGUAAGUGGUCUUACAGAACCUUUCAAAGCCAAAUAUCAGAUUUGUUUUUUGGCAGCUUUUCAAAGCAGCUUUGAGACAUGAACCUUCCCAGUUAAACACAUUUCCUCUACAAACAUUGUGCUGGUGGCAUCAUGGUAGCUCGUACAAUCCAGAUAUCCAGUCUUGUGAUUUUUAGUAGCUUUCCUGUAGAAAUGUGGUCUUUCUGUACCAUGAAACUUCAAUAAAGACUCAACACUGGCAUUUUA